AUGGAAAAUUGUACUCCUGCUACUUUUCCUAUGCCUAAGGGAUUGAAGUUAAGCAAGUAUGAUGGGGAAUUAAUUCCUGAUCCUGAGGUUUACAGAAGGUUAGUUGGGAAGCUGUUGUAUUUGAAUCUUUCAAGGCCUGAUAUUUCUUAUUCAGUUCAGCAACUAAGUCAAUUUUUGAGUGAGCCUACAGCUCCCCAUUUGUCUACAGCUGUUCAUAUCCUCAGAUAUCUCAAGGGUUCUAUCAAUAUGGACCUGUUUUAUCCAGCAAAUUCUGAUAUGAACUUGAUUGCUUACAGUGAUGCUGAUUGGGGUACAUGUACUGAUACAGCUAGAUCUUUGACUGGUUAUUGUAUUUUUCUAGGAAAUUCUCUUAUUUUCUGGAAAACAAAGAAGCAGAAAGUGGUUGCUAAAAGUUCUACAGAAGCUGAGUACAGGAGCAUGAGUCAUACAGGUGAUGAGGCUGUUUGGCUGGAAGGUUUGCUGUCAGAGCUUCAUGUUUCUGUUCCUUUGCCAAUUGUCCUUCAUUGUGACAAUGUUUCUGCUCAACAUAUUGCUGAAAACCCAUGUUUUCAUGAGAAAACUAAGCACAUGAGGAGAAAAAAUCAGAAAAUUGAUGUUCAUUACAUCAAAGAUUUGGUGCAGUCUGGGUUUAUAAGGUUACAGCAUGUGAAAUCUGCUUUGCAGCUAGCAGAUAUUAUGACCAAGCCACUUGGGACUGAUCAACAUAGAUUCCUGACUUCCAAGAUUGGUCUUUUGCAGAAUUCUUCAUCUCAAGAAUGGACUGGCUCGAGUUUAGCCUGUCAUUCUUGA